AUGAAUAAUAAAACCGAAUCCCUAAUUCAGCAACUGCUGGCAGUUGCUGAAAUCAACCCCCUAGAAGCCCUAGAUGUCGACGUGCGUGACCAGUCCGAUCUCGAACGAGACAUCAGCAGAGAGGCAAAACGUUUGGUGGUUGAAAAAGCAGCCGAAAAUGAGAACAAGCGCCUCGAAAAAGCUUUGGCGAGUCUGACCAAGCUCCAAACCAAGAUUGAUGAUAUUCAGAGACGCUUGGAUAAAUCUACUGGCCCAACGGCCCGUCGAUUGGACGUCGAACUGAACAGACUCAAAAUCUCCAAGGUUGGCCUGGAGACUGAUGUCAGCGACAUUAAGAACCGCAUCGAGCAGCAUCGAGAGGUCCAGCAAGAACCUGUGUCGGCUCCUAGUUCAGGCCGGCUUCCUAAUGAGUCCCGUCGAGACUAUCUGUUGCGCAUUGGCCAUAUUACCCCGUUCGACAAAGUGCCUGAUGUGGAGCAGGAUGAUCUUGCUGCGCCCCUUCACUAUGUCCUUGUCGCCGCCGAAGAUGAGCACCUGGAAUUGCAAGAGCUCGAGAAGGUCAAGGAGCAAGCUUCACAGCGAAUCCUAGUCCGCCCAACUCUCGAUUUCGACCUCGGCAAUGAAAGCACCGGAGCUAGCAUCAACAAACGUCAAAAGGUUGAGAAACGCGCCUCGAUCUCAGAGCAGGCCGAACCCCAGUUUCUUGGCUCCCCAGAUGUGGACCCUUCUGACAGCUAUAUUAAUUCCGAAGGCGAUAGCAAUUCUGAAGGCGAUAGCGAUUUCACACCUGAUCCUGAGCCGAAAUCAAGUCGCAAGCGCAAGCUAGGCAAGGGUAAAGUGGAGUUGGUCGAUAUGAGCAGCAUGGACGAUGGCAAGGAAUCGGUCUAUCAGGCCCGUCUAGCAAAGUGGACUGCCAAGCGCAGAGAGGCCCGAGCCCUGAAUCGCCCCGAUUACGUGGACGACAUCAAGAUAGAUGAGUGGAACAAGCCUCAUCCCAAGUUCGAUGACUUAGAUCUAAACAACGGUAUUUUCGUCCCUGGUGACAUCGCCCAACUUCUUUUCCCAUGGCAACGAACUGGCGUCCAGUGGCUUUGGGAGCUUCAUCAGAAAUGCGUCGGUGGCAUCGUCGGAGAUGAGAUGGGAUUAGGAAAAACUGUGCAAGCUAUUGCUUACCUCGCCGCACUUCAUCAUUCCAACAAAUUUGACAAGCCAACCCUCAUUGUCUGCCCCGCAACUGUGAUGUUUCAAUGGGUUUCUCACAUUCACAUGUGGUGGCCGCCAUUCCGGGUUUCAAUCCUGCACUCCACUGGUAGUGGCAUGCUGAACUUGACCAAGGAGAACCAGCGUGAGGAUGGUUUGGAAAAGCCCGCCGUUCAAACUCGCUCGGAAGCCGUCCUGCAAGCUGCAGAGAGGAUCGCGGACCGUGUCUGCGACGACGGUCACAUACUCAUAACGACUUAUGCGGGUCUGCAAACUUAUGCCGAUAUGCUGACCGACGUUGAAUGGGGCUCUGUUAUUCUUGACGAAGGCCACAAGAUUCGCAACCCAAAUGCGAACAUCACGAUGAUCUGCAAAGAGCUUCGAACCCCGCAUCGCAUAAUCCUGUCUGGAACUCCCAUCCAGAACAGUCUCAUUGACUUGUGGUCGCUCUUUGAUUUUGUCGCUCCCAUGCGUCUUGGAAACCUGGAGAGCUUCAAGAGUCACUUUGAUAUUCCUAUCCGCCUGGGUGGGUAUUCCAUAGCGAGCAAUUUGGAGGUGCAGGUUGCAACCAAGUGCGCCGAGACCUUGAAGGCGGCUAUUGAACCCCUGCUUCUCACUCGGUACAAAACCGAUGUCGCAAAAGAUCUUCCCAAGAAGUCAGAACAGAUUGUCUUCUGCAAGCUGACUGGCACUCAGCGAGCGGCCUACAAGCGCUGCUUGGAAUCCUUCGACCUUCGAUCCAUGACCAAGGGAAGCACUAACUAUCUGCAAUGCAUGGAUCUACUUCGCAAGAUCUGCAACCAUCCCGAUCUGGCGGAUUUCAACAAUAGACGUGGCGCGAUUGACUAUGGAAAGAUGGAAUUGUCUGUCAAAAUGCAAGUCCUUCAAGGUCUCUUGCAAAUGUGGAAGAAGGACGGACAUAAGACCCUAGUAUUUUGCCAGACAAGGCAAAUGCUUGACAUCUUGGAGAAGUUCCUCCUACAACUUAAUGGCAUCACUCAUCUACAGAUGAGUGGGCAAACUCCUAUUAAGCACCGUCAGGGAAUGGUUGAUGAGUUCAAUGAAUCUCCCAACAUUGACGUCUUCUUGAUGACCACCCGAGUGGGUGGCAUCGGUUUGAACCUGACCAGUGCUGAUCGGGUAAUCCUUUAUGACCCUGACUGGAACCCGGCUAAUGAUAUCCAAGCUCGGGACCGUGCUUGGAGACUGGGUCAGACCCGAGAUGUUCACGUAUACCGUCUGUUGUUGAAGGGCACCAUUGAGGACAAAAUUUAUCAUCGACAGAUAUGGAAGCAGUUCCUCGGUCAUAAAAUCACCAAGGACCCUCAAUACCAACAGGACUUCAACUUAAAAGACAUGCAUAACGUCUUUACUCUGGAUGAUGAGGUGGAUGACCAGGUAACGCGCAAUCAUGCCGUCCCCGUCGGAAAGUCAUUCAAGAGUGAGGUCAAGCCAAGCCGAAACUCAAAUGGGGAUAUCUCCGGAGUCGUUCAUUUCGAGAACAUAAGUGAGCGAAUGACCAGCAAGGAGACUGCUGCCAAGACCGAAGAAGAUCGCCUGCUGAAGGGUAUCUUUGCCCGCUCCGGCGGUGUUCGCAAUCAGGCUCAAAACGAGUUCAUGGAACGACAAGCAUCCCGGAUUGCCGAGCAGGGUGCUGUACACCUCCAGCUGGCACAGGUCGAAGCUAAAAAGGUUCCGAUCGGUCUACCGACCUGGACUGGCAGGUACGGUGUGGGUGGUCGCGGCACCACUUCCGACACCGGCGAAGCCGUGGGUGCGCUGCCGCGCCGCAUGCCCAAAGGCUUUAAGGAUUUCAAAGAGAUGAUUAUCCGUUUCCUCCGGACCCACAAGGGUCCCGUCCGCAGUGACAUGAUCUCUCAAAGCAUGAGGCCAUACACCCAGGACGUGAACCGAAUGGCCAUCUUCAAGGACGCUUUGGCAGAAGUCGCAGUUCUCGGCGAAGACUUCCGACACAACCGUACAUGGGCCUUGAAACCAAAAUACGAGACUACCAUCAAGAAAGUUGUGCCCCGCAAGGCAAAGGUAGAUUCUUCGAAGGAGAAGGGUCCUGUGAAAGAAAAUGACCCUACCAAGAAGAAUGCCGUAGAGAAGGAGGUAGCUCCCAAGAAACGGGACCCCAUCGCCGAGAUGGUUGCGCGCAGAGAGAAAGAGAAGCCUGUCCUCCAGCAAAUUCACCGCCGUCGCGAGUAG